AUGUCUACUAUCUAUCAGGAUUGUCCAUAUUUUCCUGAAUUAGCGGAGUACGUUCAAGCAGUGGCUGGGGCUUCACUUCAAAUCUCACGCGAACUACGUGAAGGACGAGCCGAUAUCGGUAUGGUUUGGGAUGGCGGUCGGCAUCAUGCCCAACAAGCAAAGGCAUCCGGUUUUUGCUAUGUCAAUGACAUUGUUUUAGCAAUCAUGGAACUUCGUCGGCCACCAAUAGACAAGACUCAAACUAAGAUUGAUCGAGUUUUGUAUCUUGAUUUAGAUGUUCAUCAUGGUGAUGGCGUAGAGAUGGCUUUUCAUUCAACUUCACGCGUCUUGACUGUCUCAAUUCACUGUCAUGAUCCAGAAGGUGGAUUUUAUCCGCUUACAGGCAGUUCUUCUGACUCAGGUCCCUCCCCUCCUUCACCUGCUUCCUCGCAUGCACUCAACAUUCCUAUCUCGAGCCCUGGUCAACUUACUCAUGUCUCUUCACAAUUCCUUCUACCCAUCAUCAAUCUCUAUAAGCCGGACGCUGUAGUGGUACAAUGUGGAGUAGAUGGAUUGGCUGGUGAUCCGAUAGGUGGGUCUCAUUGGGGACUUGGGCUUGAAGAGAUGGGAAAUUGCUUGAACGAUAUCAUUCGUCAAUCUAGGUUGAUAAAGUGUAAAGUUUUGCUAUUGGGAGGAGGAGGUUAUCGUCGUGCAAAUGCAGCUAGGGCAUGGGCUUACUUCACAUCCAUUGCUCUUGCACGAACUUGUUCAUUGAGUACAGAUAUUCCCUCAGAAGUUGAUAUCUAUAUGGAAUAUGGUCCUUCCUUUACUCUUGAUGUCCCUGCUCUUCAUUCAUCAAAAUUCCUUUCAAGCACCAAAAGUGAUGAAGAGUUUCAAAAAACAUGUUCUUCAAUCAAACCACAUUUGGAAAUAUUGGAGGCCAGAUACACCAAGUUGGAGCUCAAAUGA